GAAGACAACUCCCCAUCACCAAUCGUCCUUUGGGAAGCCAUGUCCGUAGGACGCUCCCAGUCGUUAGUGCCUUGGAUCUAUGAUAUCCUCCUCGGAAUUUUCUCCAUUUGUCUCGAUAUCUUCUUCCGAGAAGUGUAUCCCCGCGGUGCUUGGCGAAUUCCCAAACGCGAAGCCGUGAUCAUCGUCGCCGCGCCGCACGCCAAUCAAUUUGUCGAUUCCGUGCUGCUCAUGUGCAUCUUGAAGCAGCACGCUGGGCGCCAGGUCUCGUUCCUCACUGCUGAGAAGUCCUUGAGGGAGCCAUACAUUGGCCGCAUGGCUGCCUGGAUGGGAGCUCUCCCAGUGGUCCGCCCGAUGGACCACGCCUCCCCAGGACAAGGCGUAAUAUAUCUGCCAGAUCCGGACAACAACCCAGCGUUGGUAUGUGGACGUGGAGCCAGCUUUACAAGCCUCACUGCAGGAUGUUUGAUCAUCCUGCCGAAAGUAGGCAACGUACGCCCCGAGCAGCAGACCGUUGCACAAAUUCUAGGCCCCCAGGAACUGUUGCUGCGAGGGCCAUUUAGUUCUGCAAAACCGGGCCAUCCGUUGCGGGAGCGACUACUGACGGGCACGCCCUACAAAAUCGCACCCCAUGUUGACCAAAGAGAGAUGUUCGACGCCGUCUUCCGUGAACUAGCUGAUGGUGGCUGUAUCGGCAUCUUUCCCGAGGGUGGAAGUCAUGAUCGACCCUCUUUACUUCCACUGAAGGCUGGUGUCGCCAUCAUAGCCCUAGGUACCCUUGCCCGCACUCCAAACUGUAAUUUGACCAUUCUUCCAUGCGGGUUAAACUACUUCAACCCAAACAAAUUUCGCUCCCGAGCGGUCGUGGAGUUUGGAAACCCAGUUCAAGUCCAUCCUGGCCAGGUGGAUGCCUUCAAGGAGGGCGGAGAGGCAAAGCGCAACGCCGUAGGGUCUUUGCUUGAGACAAUACAAGAUGCGCUUGCGGCUGUGACACAGCAAGCUCCGGACCACGAAACGCUGAUGCUUAUCCAAGCUACACGGAGACUAUAUCGGCCUCUGCGGAUGAAGCUGCCACUGCCACUUGUUGUGGAAAUGAACAGAAGACUCAUUGCAGGGUACACAAACUACAAAGAUGAUGUCCAAGUGAUUCAGUUGAGGAAAGCUGUACUAGACUACAACCGAAAACUCAGAGCUUUAGGGAUCAAGGACCACCAACUAGAAUGGGGUGAUGCCGAACACAGGUCGUGGUGGCUGGCACUGCUGACCUUGGUAUAUCGCGUCGGACAACUCAUUACGCUGGGCAUCGCUACCCUCCCUUCUCUUGCUCUGUUCUGGCCGGUCUUUGUCACUACGAAGGUCAUCUCUGUCAAAAAGCAACGCAAAGCGCUUGCUGCCUCUGACGUGAAGCUAGAGGGUAGGGAUGUUGUUGGCACCUGGAAGAUACUCGUAGCAUUGGGGCUCGCUCCUACGCUAUAUACGUGGUAUACGUCUGUGGUGACACUCUGGCUUCAUCACGGUCGCCACAACGGAUACUAUGUAACACUGGCCCCUUGGUACAUUCGCGCCGACGCCUAUGUUCCUCGGAGUGCCCCGCUGUGGGUCUUCUCUACUGCGUUCUUUGCCCUCCUAAUUGCCAUCACUUUUGCCGGCCUUCGCAUUGGGGAGAUCGGCGUUGACAUUAUACAAUCACUGCCUCCGCUUUUCGCAGCUCUCAGUCCCGGAUCAGCAAGAGCGCUGGCCGAGCUUCGCACCGAGAGACAAGCACUUUCUGCUCGCGUUGUCAAAGUCAUUGACACUUUUGAGCCCGAGCUCUUUGCGGACCUAGAGCUCGAUUCCAUGGAUCUUGAUAAUCACGAAUAUCACUAUGAUGGCACAUAUGAGUCUGAACUGAAAGUCAUGCCAUUUAACGGAAACGAAACACCGGAACGCGGCCGAUGUAAGGCGCGGGAACGACUCCCACGGGGACUUGGGUGA